AUGAUACAUUCGAUUGAUGUUUCUAAAUCAAAUCAUAGAAAAAAACAUUCAUAUAAAACUACUCGAAAAUCUCAUUAUCAUCGAUCGGGAAAAAAAUUUAAUGCAAAGAAAUCAAAAAAGAAAACUCAUCAUCAUAGAAAUUCUAUUGAAAUAAAUUUUAAUCAAUCAUCAAUUGAUAAAAAUACACUUGAUGAAAAACAAAAUAAUAAUGAUAUACUUUUUGAUACACAUAAUAUGGUACGAGAUCAUUUAUAUAUUUCAAUAAUUGGUGUUCUAUGUUUUUUUCCAACUGGUAUUUUUGGUUUAAUACGUUCUAUGCAAGCUAAUGAAAUGAAACGAUCAUCAUCUAUUCUCUAUUGGCCUAAAUUAGCUGCUAUUUAUGGAAGAUAUGCACUUCGUUGGGCAAUUCUUUCAAUUCUUAUUGGAACAAUGUUUUGGACUAUUUUUAUUAUUUAUUAUCUUUUACGAGAACAACAUAUUCUUUGGGAUGCUUAUUAUCAAGAAUGUGGUGAACAAUUUUUAUGUUCUCCAUAA